GAGUCACUCACCAGUCACCACUCUCUACUGUAUCCCCUCUUUUUCUUUUUCUUCAUUUGGUAAAGUGAAAACUCACAAAAACUUCUCUUCUCAAACAAAAAUUGGUGAUGAAACAAGUAGCUGAAAAUGAUGUUGUGGAGUUAACAGAUGGGAGAAACAUUUGUGGACUUGGACUGGAAGGGAUUGAGCUCUGUUUCUGUAUUUGAAUAGUUAUCCUUGUCUACUUAUAGUUUUCUCACCGUCUUAAUCAGCUUCGUACUAGUUACUGGAAUCAUACAGCUCUGUCAAAGAGAGUCAAGUCUUAAUUACUGUUUUGCAUUCCAUGAGUCUGGAAAUUUGGUAAAGCCAUCUCAUAGUUUCUUUCCCAAGAUGGAGUGGAAUGUUAAGUGGGACUGGGGAAAUCUCGUAAUGUUUGGUUCAAAGGCCUCUGAAAGUCCAAAAGAACUACAAUUAACAGAUUGGGGAGUUGAAGAAGAGGGAGAACUUGAUGGGGGAUCUUUCAAUUUGUCAAGUGGCGGUAGUGGCACGGGUGGUUAUGGUUCUGAUGUGAAGUGUGGUUCUUCCAUCAAAAGCUCAAUAUCAGCUUCUACCGACUCUUCACCAAAGGAGGGCUUUAAAGCAUCCAACUUUGCUUUUGAGGCAUUUAAUGCCUCUCCUGAGGAUCCUAGUAAGAAAUUGGAAUCCUCCAAAGCUGAGGUCUCUAGAAACUCACCACCCAUGGAGGCUUCAGUAGGCUCUGUUGAACCAGUGAUAGGUCUAAAACUUGGUAAGCGGACAUGUGAAACCUUUGGUGGUGGAAGCAGUGCUAAGGUUUCAUCCUUCCCCCCGAACCCCACAUCAUCUGCUGCUGCAACAAAGAAAGCAAAAUCAUCUAGUCAGAAUGCACCAAUUCCUCACUGUCAGGUUGAAGGUUGCAACCUUGAUCUUUCUUCAGCUAAAGAAUAUUAUCGGAAGCAUAGAGUUUGUGACAGUCAUUCCAAAAGCCCAAAGGUUAUUGUAGCAGGUGUAGCACGCCGCUUUUGUCAACAGUGUAGCAGGUUCCAUAGCGUGUCUGAAUUUGAUGAAAAGAAGCGAAGCUGUCGUAGGAGGCUCUCUGAUCACAAUGCACGGCGCCGCAAACCUCACCAGGAAACUAUCCAAUUCAAUUCAGCGAGGCUUUCUUCGUUGUUUUAUGAUAGCAGGCAACCCAUGAAUCUUGUGCACAACCAAGCACAACUCAUUCACUCCAGAGCUGCUGCGAACUCUACCUGGGAGAGCACUCAAGACUCUAAGUUCAGUAUCACAAGAGGGUUUACUCCAAAGCCUGAAAGAACUAGCAGCACAACUGGGAAGUCACUACUGGAGGGGAUCCAGUUUUCACGGGCUGUGGGUGCACAGAGUAAUGCAUCUAGCUUGCUCUUGCCCUCCAAGGGCACCGCAGCCGAGGUUUUUAAUCGAGGUGCCAAGGAAUCCAUGUUCAAUAUGGUUACAGGACCGGAAUUUCCUCGUGCUCUCUCUCUUCUGUCAACUAAUUCCUGGGGUUCAUCCGAGCCUGAGACUGUUUCACUCAACCAUGCAAAUCAAACCAGCAUGCCCGAGCAGCAGAUGAUGCAGGCAAUUCCACAGGGUGUGCCGCAUAUGUCCAGUCAAUACUGGCAGCAGGCUGGACAACAUUCAUCCGAUACUCGUUACCAUACAUUGGCUGCUAAUAGUAACAGUGGCGGUAGCUUUCAGGAAAUGGGAGUGUUCAAAGCUCCAUUCGACACAGACUUUUAUCUCAAUGCAUUGAACUGAAGCCAACAUCUGAUGUGUUGGUGUAUUUUCAGGAUUUGGCGACCUUCCCAUUUUGCCCUUUUGACAUGUCAAAACUUGGAUGAAGCAGAAGGUCUGUUUAGUACUGGUAUAUAAUAUAUAGGUUGGGCUUUUAAACUAUUAAGAAAGUCUAAUAUUAUGAAUUAUGCAGUAAAUUUUUGUUUGCCAGUGACAUGAAUUCCCAAGAAUUGUAAUUUCUUGAUUCUGCAACUUUGGAACAUUACUGCACAGGUUCCAUCUAUUAAAGACUUUUUCAUCAUGUUCUACAGUGUUCAAUUAUUAUAUUAACAUUAUGUUCU